CAUAUAUAACUACUUAAGGGGGGAAGAAACUAAUAUGCAAAACAAUAUUAAGGAGCUUAAUUAAGCUUCUAUGCCAUGUAAAUGACAUGGAUUUGUGUUUUCAAGCUCCAAACUUCAUUGAAUGGCUCAAGCCUUCACCAAUAACAUCAUCUUUCUCUUCUUCUUCUUCAAUCCAACAAGAAAUUCAAAGUAAGAUGUUGAUGAUGAAAUUGCCUUUAUUCUACAAACAACACCAAGAUGAAGAAGACGAAGGCGAAGUCGAUGGAGAGAUGACUUUGCCACUCUUAAGUAGGCUUAGUGAGGCAAAGGCAAUAAAGGAAGAAGAGGGUGAGGGUUAUAAUGAAGAGAGUGAUGAUCAUGAGGAGGAGAAUAAUGUCAUGGUUGCUUUGCACAUUGGGUUGCCUAAUAGUAGUAGUAGUAAUAGUAUUAUAACUAUUAAUGAUCAUGAUCAAGAGUUGUCUAAUAGGAGUUUUAUUGAUGAUGAUGAUGAUUUGGUUGAGAGCAAGAAUUUGAAAUUAGAGGAAGAAGAAAAGGAUCAAAGUUUGUUAAUGAUGAUUAAUGAUGAUCAUAAAGAGAAAAUUAACAUGUUUGAUCAUCAUUAUUCAUCAUCAUCAUUUAACACUGAGAGUAGGUUUUGGAUUCCAACCACAUCACAAAUCUUGAUUGGACCCAUGCAAUUUUCUUGCUCCAUUUGUAGCAAGACUUUCAACCGCUACAACAACAUGCAGAUGCAUAUGUGGGGACAUGGGUCGGAAUAUAGAAAGGGACCAGAAUCACUAAGAGGGACACAACCAGCAGCAAUGCUAAGGCUACCAUGCUACUGUUGUGCGCAAGGUUGCAAAAACAACAUCAACCACCCAAGAGCAAAACCCUUGAAGGACUUUAGGACUCUCCAAACUCACUUCAAGCGAAAACAUGGCAUCAAAGGCUUUAUGUGUAGGAAAUGUAGCAAAGCAUUUGCUGUUAAAGGAGAUUGGAGAACUCAUGAAAAGAAUUGUGGCAAGCUUUGGUAUUGUACUUGUGGCUCCGAUUUCAAGCACAAGAGAUCACUCAAAGACCAUAUUAAGUCUUUUGGUAAGGGUCAUUCUCCUCAUCCUUCCCUUGAAAGGUUCCAGGAAGAGAAAGAAUGCAUCACUACUGGCUCCUCUGAAGACGAGGAGCUAGCUAGUUAUAAUUAGCUAGUACUACUAAUUAACCUAAACUUUAGGGCAUGUUUGGAUUGAGGGUAAUGUAUUAAAGGGGUAAUAAAAGUUAAACUAAGGUAAUUGAUAGUGAUGAUGAGGGGAUGAAGUGGUGGCAAAGGGAACAAGCUAGUGUUGGCAAGAAGAAAAUAAAAGGGAAGGGGGAACAAAUACCCUCAUCAUGGGGGGGAAUAGUUACCCACCAUCCCACUAGGGUGAUUAUUACCCUCAUUUGGGAUAAUUACUUCCCCCUUCCUCCCUUCUCCUUACAACACCACCACUACCACUACCACAACUUCUCAUCACAAUACCACCACACCACUUUCCUUGCAACCACCUCAAUUCACCUUCAUUGUCCUUUUAUUAUGGUGGUUUGACUCACCCAAUCCAAACGUGCCCUUAAACUUUCAUGGAUCGAUCCAUCGAUGUUUGAAGAUGGAAGGUUUCGAUCAAAUUAAUCAUUUUUAAAAGCUUAAGUAUGAUGUAUGGUUUUUUUUUUCAAGGCUUAUCAAGGCUUGUGCUCUACAACAAAAAGUUUCUCAAGAAUGAGGAGAGGUUUGUUUUGGAGCACAUGCUAGAUGGAUAAGCAAGAAUAGUACGUACUCAUUUAAGAUCAAGUUUUUCUUAGCUAGAUAGAUGAUGCUUAAUAAGUUGAGGGAUCAAUAUACAAAGUGAUGAAGCUGAAGAAUUUUCUCCUACCUUAGGAUAAGCUAGAGAUGCUUGCUAAAAUUGUCCUCAAAUGGAGAAAAUUUAUCAGCUUCAUCAUUACUUUGUAUUAAUCCUAGGUUAUGCAUUCUUGUGGUAACAUUAUAUAUGUUACGUAUCUUUCAAAGACAAUUUGUAGUUCAUGUAUUAUUGAAGAGUUUGUUUUUUCCUUAAUCAAUUUUAAUUAUCUUAUAUAGUUCAUGUUCAUAUAUAUUACGUGUAUUCAGCAGUA